ACACCUAACCCAAUUAAAUGUAUCAUAAACAGAGCUUUGCAGGUAAAUUUUGCAAAAUCCAUUUUACUUUUAAAAGUUGCUGAUGUUUCUGCAAUGAGCAUAUGACCCGAAGCAACAGGACUUUAGCACAUAAAUCCCCAGUAAUUAUUGACUUCAAAGUUAACUAGAAUGAAUCGCAAGCUAUAGAUAUACAACUCAACUAGUAGAAGUCAAUAGAGAAAACCUGUAUAGAUAAAACACAAACAAAAAUAGGCAUAUGGAAAGCAACAUAAAUAUGGAGCCGGAGACAGACACUUGGGUUAAGUACGCGAAAACAUACGAUCCAAUAAAAUGUGCCUCGAUCGAUGGCACUGAUAGCGAGCCCCAUGACAGAGCGGUCCUACGAGCGCUGAAUUCCGACUACAAUCCAAACCGAUUCGUCAAAGGCCGCCCGGAGUCCACAAUAUUCAUCAGCAGAUUGAAUCACGAAACCAGCAAGGAAACAAUAAAAGACAUAUUUUCAAAAUAUGGCAAACUCAGAAGGUUCAGAUUGGUGAAAGACAUUGUCACUGGCAUGCCGAAGGGCUACGCUUUUGUCGAAUACGAAGAGGAGCAAGCGGCCGAGGAAGCAUAUCGGCUGGCUAAUCGGAUGGUAGUGGAUGGAAAUGCCAUUUUCGUUGACUUUGAAUGCGAAAGAUUGCUCAAAGGCUGGAAACCGCGGAGAUUAGGAGGCGGCUUCGCCGGCAAGAAAGAAUCUGGGCAGCUGCGGUUCGGAGGGAGAGAUCGGCCAUUCAAAAAACCCAUAGCCCUAGAGUUGAAAGAGCAAGAGGAGAGGAGGCAGAGAGAGCGGAGAAACAGAGCCGAUGAACGUCGUCGUCGAGACAAUAGUCGCGAGCGGAAUAGAAGAAAAUCACCACUACGGGAAAAUGGCGUUAGCCUUCAAAAAGAGCACAAAAAAUCCGACGGAGCUUCCAAAGACCAAACCAAACGUCGACAGUCUUCCAAAGAAAAAACAGACGGCUCACAAGGCUCACCUGCAACGCAAAAAUCAUCGUCUAGGAAAAGACGCCAAUCGACUGAAAAAACCUCUGAUGAUCCUGCAAAAAAGCCUGAAUUAUCGCCUCUGAACAAGUCCACUUCUGAAAAGGACGACAAUAAACCGCCUUCAUCUAAGAAGCGGCCUGUUUCCCCAAAAGAACGCAGCAGACAUCGGAGCAGAGAUCGCAGAAGAAACCGCUCGAAUGAGCGUCGGCGUUCGCCGUUAGCAGGCUUUGGGCGUGCUCGCUCACCAGUAGAGCGUAAUCGCAAGCGAAACUCGCCAAAGCGAACCAAACGCACCUCACGUUCGCCCAAACGACCUGCAAGAAAACGCUCACCACGACAAAAUGACAAAGAACCAGCGAUAUUGAGGGAUAGAUUGCGAAGUCGAUCGCCUUCACGCAAGUACGAAGAGGGGCUUUUGCCCCUCGGAAGCGAGCGCCGCAGCAGACGCACUAAACAGGAUUCAUUAGAGAGACAAGUGAACCAUUCCAAACAAAAUCGUGAUCGAUUAGCGACAACUGAACCGAAUCGGUUUUUCCAACCAUCACCGCACCGGAUGAAUGAAAGGUAUCCGCAAUUUGCCCCGUCUCCUGCUUCUCCUCCUCGUCAAGGAUCCAGAGAGCAAUCGCCUGGGAGGAAACAAGCUAGGGAGGAUUAUUCUGCGGAGAAAAGUAACCGUCGGCUCCUAGAUAAUGCCGAAUAUGCGGUAAGCAGGUCCCGCAGGGCCAUUUCUCCGAAACAUGAAUAUUCCAGGCCUCCAGAGGACCCAAGACUCAAACAUCCCGCUUAUCAAGAUUUCUGGCAGCGGCAAGAACAGCGCUACAAGCCAUAUUACCCUGAAGAGAUGAAGAAUGGAAAGGAAUUUAGCUUUGCUGAAUGCGCUCCUCAUUUGGGAGCGUUAUAUCCUUCCUAUGGGAGUUAUUUAGUGUCUUCGCAGCAGUUUUCUUCAGUUGGGAGCCCUGGAGGGCCCGGCCGUAUAAGUGAUCAGGCGAUAGAGCAACCAAACCAACCGCCUGGAAGGAUCGUUUACGACCCGAAGUACGACCAACCUCCUUCAAGGGAUCCGCGACUAAACAUCACUCAAUAUGCAGCACAGUUACUUCCUCAACAACCGGUAUUAGCGAAUUGCAAUUAUGGGCAAAUCGGCGAAUAUUAUCAAUUGAGGCGUACCGAGCAAGUCGAUAUUGGAUCAAAACAGCAUCAGUCAGCAGCAAGUGCUGGGGAGCCGUUUUCUGUUUCUCGGGAGGUUGCAAAACAUCCUAAUACCGAAGAACGGUAUGUGCGUGGUCGCACUAGACCUUAACAGAGCGGUAAAUAGUUGGGAGGAUUUUCAACUUAAAAUUGUAAUUGAUAAAAUAGACAACAGAUAAAAUAAACGUAGGAACAAAAUUCCUAAAAGGUAAA